GCGGAGCCAGCCGGAGUCCUGGCCGGGGCGCUGCCGGCGCGCGCCCCCGACGAGCUGGGGCUGGACCUGCGGGGGCGCGCGCAGAACCGCGCUCGCCCGAGCCCGGCCCCGCCCUGCGGGGUCUGCAGCCGGCGCGGCGUCCCGCGGGGUGGGCUGACCCCUCCGUUAAGGACCUCUACCUGGGCCGCCUCUGACCCGGGAGGGGCGCAGUGGGAGGAGCGCAGGGGCGAGGAGCGCUGUGGGGCAAGGCCCGCGGGCCCCUGGGUUGGCGAGCUGCGGGCUGGCGGCGGGAUAGUGACAGGCGCGCUGGGCCGUCGCCUCCGCCGCUUUGCCCGGGAGGACUAGGAAGUGCGGGAAAUUUCAGAAGACAUUUUCAAAGCUAAUUAUGAAAACAUUUGUCCUUGGGAUUGGUGGUGUGACAAAUGGUGGGAAGACAACACUGGCUAAAAAUUUGCAAAAACAUCUCCCAAACUGCAGUGUCAUAUCUCAGGAUGAUUUCUUUAAGCCACAGUCUGAGAUAGAGACAGAUGAAAAUGGAUUUCUGCAGUACGAUGUGCUUGAAGCGCUUAACAUGGAAAAAAUGAUGUCCACCAUUUCUUGCUGCAUGAAAAGCCCAAGACGCUCUCCGGUAUCAGCAGACUGGAGAAACGCUGAGGAAGUUCCCAUAUUAAUCAUCGAAGGUUUCCUUCUCUUUAAUUAUAAGCCCCUUGAGACUAUAUGGAAUAGAAGAUACUUUCUGACCAUUCCAUAUGAAGAAUGUAAGAGGAGGAGGAGCACGAGGGUCUAUGAGCCUCCAGACCCCCCAGGGUACUUUGAUGGCCACGUGUGGCCCAUGUAUCUAAAGCACAGACGAGAAAUAGAGGACAUUGAGGAAAUUGUUUACCUGGAUGGGACAAAAUCUGAAGAGGACCUCUUUUCACAAGUGUAUGAAGAUCUAAGACAAGAACUGGCAAAGCAAAAAUUGUCCUGCAAAGCCAGCCUGGAGGGAUCCUCAGCAUAGCCUGCUGUGACCCUUAAUUCAGGAAUGAGCUAGUGGGGAGGGGAGGACUUUCAGAUGUUUCAUUUGACUACUCUUUAAGUUUCUCAUAACAUCUCAUAAACCUGCUCAACUAAUUUUCCACUCUAAGCAUCUAAAAUCAUAAUUGUGAUAAAGUCAUAAUAAUGAUGGGAAACAACAAAGACUGAAUUUGAUUAAUAAGACACACUAAAUGACCCAGGAGAAUAAGGAUAUGAAGUUAUAUAUUUAAUUUCAUCCUUCUUAAAUCCAGACUUUGAAGCGAAAUUGAAUGAUUACCUAUUCUCACUAUAAUAAGGCAGUCUAGUCACCAGCAUCAUUCAAACCUCCUUUAAGAAUGUUUACUUUUACCUCAUGAUAAAAGUAUCAUAUCCAAUAAAGAGCAAAUAUGCAAAUUGACCGUCACACUGUCACAAAGAUGGUGGCGCCCACAGCAGAGGCAGGGUUUCUGUAACACAGGUGGCUGCACUCACAGUGGAGGCUGAGUUCCCGUAACGAGCCUUAACAAGCAUUCAGCAGGGACCUGAGGCUGCGCCCCCCUCCCAGCACCGGGCCAGGGGACCUGAGGCUGCACCCCCUGCCUGGUGGGGCUUGACAAGGGUGGGGCUGGCCCGGUCUGGAUCUCGCCCAGUGGGGGUGGGGCCAGCUGGGUCUGGGUCUCAAGCGAUUUUGAGGCGCCUCGGGUGGGCGGGGACUUGACUCUGGGUCCUGCGGCACACCCCAGACUCUGACAGGCGGAGGAUUUUCAUAUACAUUUUACUAGUUUUCUUCCAUCUCUACACUUCUAUUAUAGAGAAAGGGCAAAUAGCAAUAUUAAAAUAAUUCCUCUAAUUAAUCCCCUUUUAAUGUGCACGAAUUUCGGGCACCGGGCCACUAGUAUUGAUUAUAAAACAAAAACAAGUUUUAAUGUAAAAGCAAAAGGAGAAAAAAAAAUCACUUAUAUGUCCACCAGUCAGCAGUGUUAACAUCUUAAUGAGUACACAUCCAAUGAUUUUGCGGUUCACAUUCAUCUGUCUUUUAUAUGGCUACAUGGUUCAUUGUGAUGCUUGUUUCUUUUUAAAAUUAAUAUUUAAUGUUUAAGAAGCUUUAUAUGGACUCUACAAGUGUUUCAUAUUGACAAAUAACAUGCUAUAAAAGAUAUCUACAAAGAUUGCUGGUUUUCUUUAAUUACAUUAAAAUUUUACAGAAUAGCGCUUAGUUCAAGAGUAUAGUCAUUUUACAUACUUCAAAUAUCAAAUACUAAAAAAGAAAGAACU